AUGGAGAACGGGGAGCACAAACGCAAGAGGAAGCGUAGCCGUAGCAAGGGAGGCCCCAGCGAGGGCCCGGGCGGCGCCGGCACGGACGCGGGUCCUUUACCAAAGCAGGGUACUAAGCCACAGGUUUCGACGCCAGGCGUUCGUCAGAGUAAAGCAUUGCAGCAGAAUGGCAAGAGUGCCCAACCGCAGCGGCCAUCUUCAGCUCCUGUAGGAAAGGCGGCCGCGAAGGGCAAGUCCCCGCAACAACCAGGAGCCGCAAAGCAGCAGAUCGCACCAGCUGCCAAGGUAAUUACAUCCAUGUUUUGGUUAUCGUGGAUACGGUGA